AGACCGUGCGACCCGUUAAAAAUAAUAACGCGUCCGCUCCCCUCUCGAGUCCCUUGCCCCACCCAAGUACCCAACUCGAGCGGUGGAGCCUUGCGUGUGUCUAAAAAUAGCGCCCGAAUCGCGGCGGCAGCCACAUCGAGUAAUUUAUCGAGUCAGGUGAGAGGGCGGAGCAGAUCUCGCCGGCCGGGGCCAUGGGUGCUGCCGGCGCGAUCCGGCGGGCGGCGGCGUCGGUGGUCGACAGGGCGUGCGCGGGGACGCGGGGCUUCCGCCGCGCGCUGGCGCGGUUCGCGCCGCGGCCGUCGGCGUUCGGCCCCGCCGCAGACGCGGAGGCCGCGGCGGUGCGCGCCGUGCGGAACCUCCGGACCUUCCGGUUCCACUACGCCGUCCUGCAGUGGGUGCUGCUGCUGGCGUCCCUGGCGCCGCGGCACCGGGCCUCCGUCGUCUUCCUCAUGGCGGCGUCCAAGGGCCUCCUCGUCUACGGCGGCCUCCUCAAGGCGUUCCCCAACUCGGCGCUGCUCCGGAGGCUCCUCGACCGCCGCCUCGUGGCCGCCGUGUUCGUCGCGCUCGUGCUCGCCGACAUCGUCGCCGCGGGCGCCGUCGCCAACCUCCUGGCCGCGCUCGCCGCGGGCGUCCCCGUCAUCGUCCUCCACGCGUCCUUCCGCGUCCGCGACGAUCUCGAGGCGCCCUCGCCGGACGCGGCGGCGGCGGCCGAGAACGGCAAGGAGGACGAGGCGUCGGCGGUCGUCGAGAAGAAGGAGGACGGCGACGUCGAGGCGGGGCCCACGCGGCGGUCCAUGGCGGCGGCACCAAGAUCACCCAAAUGAGGAAUUUACUAGUAAUACGAGCUAGUGAAAACCAUACGUUUUUCGUAGGUUUUUAAUUUAACUACUGGCCCCGUUGUCAUGGAACAUAGGAACAAUUCGUGGUCAAACCUGUCUUCCUGCCUGCUUGUUGAUUCAUACUUUGAGCCUAGGAUUUUUUUUUUGGAGAAGUUCAAUCAGUAGAAUGUAGUGGUAGCUGUGACAGACAUUGAACGUGGAAUUGAGGAUUAAUACUU